AUGACGCGAAUGCCGCUUUUACAACCUGCCGAGAAUGGCCAACGCUAUGAGCUCACCAGUCCCACAGCCAUGCCCAAAGCCGGCGCCUUCCUAUGGAACCAGGGGAUGAUGAUCCAGGCAACCUGUCGCGGCUACGCAGUUGCCCAGUUUAUGCAGCCGGAGCCCGCCAAAUACUCGUACGCCCCCAAUCUCGAGGCCAAGACCUUUAUGCAACCUGAACAAAACUACUACGCCCAUCACCCCGGCCGUUUCGUCUACGUCAAAGAUGAGGCCACGGAUCAGAUCUUUUCGGCCCCUUACGAGCCCGUCCGGGCUCCCGUGGAACGCUUCGUCUUCUCCGCCGGCCAGAGCGACAUUCGGUGGACCACCGAACACCUCGGCAUCCGGGUGGAGAUGACGCUUAGUCUCCCCACCCACGACGUAACCGAGCUCUGGACCGUCAAAGUCACAAAUAUGACGGGCCGAGAGCGUAACAUCAGCGUCUACCCUUAUUUCACCCUGGGUUACAUGUCGUGGAUGAACCAAUCCGCCGAGUACCGCGAGGACCUCGGCGCGAUCGUUGGGUCUUGUGUGACGCCCUACCAAAAGGUAGCUGAUUACUGGAAAAACAAGUAUCUCAAGGACAAGACCUACCUCCUUUGUGAGACUAAGCCCACCUCGUGGGAGACGAAUCACCAGGCCUUCGAGGUUCAGUAUCGCUUGUCCAUGAAGCCCGGUGAACAGCGUGAAUUCCGUUUCCUGUUUGGCCCCGCGUAUGAUGACGCCGAGAUCCGCUCCAUGAAGGAGAGAUAUCUGAGCAAGGAGGCAUUUGACCGCUGCGCCCGUGAGUAUGCCGCCUAUAUCCACCGAGGUCGCGGUUGCCUCAAGAUCCAGACCCCCGACCCAGCCCUCGAUAAUUACGUCAACAACUGGCUGCCCCGCCAAGUGUACUACCACGGAGACGUGAACCGCUUGACGACGGACCCCCAGACGCGUAACUACCUGCAAGAUAACAUGGGAAUGAACUAUAUCCGCCCCGAAGUCUCCCGUAAGGCUUUUGUCACCGCUCUGUCCCAGCAAGAGGCGAGCGGUGCCAUGCCCGACGGCAUUAUCCUCGUCGAGGGUGCCGAACUCAAAUACAUUAAUCAAGUCCCCCACACGGAUCACUGCGUGUGGCUUCCUCUGACGCUUGAGGUUUAUCUUUCCGAGACGGGAGACUACGCGUUCCUCGAUCAACGUGUGAAGACUGAAAAUGGUGAUAAUUACACCGUCUUUGAGCGCUUCAGCCGUGCCAUGGACUGGCUCCUGCACGAGCGCGACGAGCGGGGUCUCAGCUAUAUCGCCCAGGGAGAUUGGUGUGAUCCUCUCAACAUGGUGGGCUACAAGGGCAAGGGCGAACUAGCGGCGCAUUUCCGCGCCGGCGCGGACGAGGUCAACAAAGCCGCCAACAAGCACCUCUGGGACGGCGACUGGUUCGCGCGCGGCAUCACGGACGACAACUCCUUUGCCAUCCUCAGCGGCGCCACCGACGCGGCCCAGCGAGCCAAGAUGAUGAAGGAAAUCGAGAAGCAGCUCUACACCCCUUACGGUGUCGUCAUGUUUGCGCCCGCAUUCCUGGGCAUGCGCGAGGAUGUGGGCCGCGUCACGCAAAAACAUCCCGGUUCGGCCGAAAACGGUGCGGUAUACAACCACGCAGCCGUCUUCUACAUCCACAGUCUGUACAGCAUCGGCGAGACUGACCGCGCUUACGAGCUUCUCCGCCAGCUCCUCCCCGGCCCAUCGGAGGAGGACUACCUCCAGCGGGGUCAGCUGCCGAUCUACGUACCCAACUAUUACCGCGGCGCAUGGCACGAGUUCCCUCGCACGGCGGGUCGCUCCAGCCAUCUCUUCAACACGGGUACCGUGUCGUGGAUCUACAGGGUCGUUCUCGAGGGCCUCUGCGGACUCAAGGGUGAUGGAGCCGGCCUCCAGAUUGACCCGCAAUUGCCCGAAGACUGGGACACGAUGAAAAUCUCGCGCCGUUUCCGUGGUGCCACGUUCAACCUCGACGUUAGGCGCUCGGGCGGUGUCAAGGAAGUCAAGGUCAUGCGCGGGAGCGAGACCCUCCCUGCUGCCAGGAUCGACAAUAUCCGAGCUGGUACCACGUAUGACCUCGUUGUUUUGGUGCCCUGA